UAAUAUUUUCACUUUCCCUCCUUUUCCGUAAUCCAAUUUCCCUUCCUUUUCUGCCUAAAAAAUAAAUUUCCCUUCUUUUUCUUCAAUUUAGGGUUUUAUUUUCACUCUACUCUCCCAAUUAAUGGAGGAAAAAACGGUCUCCUCCGAGUUGAAACUCAACGAGUUAAGCAGACAAAACUUCCGCCAAACAAUAAACCAACUCCAUGAUCGCGCCUCUUCUGUUCUGUUGCUCACUCUUCAAUGGAAAGAAAUCGAAGAUCACUUCAAAUCCAUUCAACUCGGCAUUGAACAACGCGCUAAGGAGGUUAACUCGGUGCAUGACUCAGUUGAACAGAAAUUAAAUGAAAUCAAAAUUAGAGAGAACGAGUUAGAGUUAGUUAAAGAAUCGGUGAGUACGAGAGAAAAAGAAUUUGAGUUAAUGCAAAAGAAAGAGAUUCAAGAGAGAAAAGUACAGGUUGAAUGGAUUGAGAAAUCACGGAAUGAACUUGACGCCGUUAGAGCUUCCAUUGACAAGAAAUUGGCAGACGUUAAAGAUGAAGAGAAGAAAAUUGAAUUGCGAAAUAAAACGAGGUUAAUUGAAUUAAAAACAAAAGAGAAAGAAUUGGAAUUAGAAGAUAUUAAAUUGAAGAAAAGAAUUAAAGAAAUAGGACGAGUUCGUCGCGAGUUUACUCAUGUGAAGAGUGACAGUGCAAUGGAAGCUAAUCAUGUUAGCUUCCGUGUGACUAUGGAUGGAAAGGCAUUGAUAAUCUUCUUGAAUGAUUACUGUAAUGAUCGCGAUUCGAUUAGGCAAGAAUUGCUCAGUUCUUUGUGUCUCUCAAAGAAUCCUGCAAAGAUUGUAUUGGAAGCAGUACAAGGGUUUUAUAAGGGAGGAUUAGGGUUUGAUGAGGGAAUUGCUAGAGGCUCUUGUGUUUUCUUGUUAGAGAUAUUGAUGCAAAUAAGACCUGAAAUUCGGCAUGAUGUGAGAAGUGAAGCAAUGGAGCUUUCAUUGGAUUGGAUAAAACGAAUGAAAAAGGAUUCAGAAGAUUCUGUAGAGGUUUUGGGGUGUUUGCUGCUUUUAGGUUCUUAUAGACUGGCUUCUGGUUUUGAUGCUGAUGAACUCUUUAGGUGUUUGAAGAUUGUUGCGCAUCAUAGCCAGGCGUUGGAAUUGUUGCGCGCCUUGGAUUUGGCUGAUAAAGUAUCUGGGUUUCUUCAAAAUCUUGUAAAACAGAACAAGCACAUUGAAGCCAUUAGAUUCAUAUAUGACUUUGAGCUAGUUAAUGAGUUCCCACUUGUACCUUUAUUGGAAGAUUACAUGAAUAUUUGCAGGAAUGCUAUUACUAACAGCAGAAUGAGAGUCAAGUCAAUUCAAGGACGGAUUGUGGUCACGAGCGCAUUAAUAGAUGAUAUGAAAGCUGCACUUAAAUGUAUGGAAGAUUGCAAAAUUGAAUCUGAACUGUACACCAAGUGCCUUAAGCAGCAGAUAGACUGUCUCGAGAAGGCAAAUGCAAAUAGGAAGACGAGCUUACCAUCAUCCGCUGCUGAUGUCUGUGAUCUUGGGCCUAAAUCUACUGAAACCCCUUCUGUCAUCUGUCCAACGCCACCCUCAGGCAAUGGCCCGGCUCCUGCCUCUGUCCCUGCACCAUCCCCGUCUCAAAAGCUGAGUGGCAAUAAGCGCCCCAGGUCUGCUAUCUCAGCAAAAGAUGAUCAAGAUGCCUUUGUUAGCUCUGCUUCUGCUGUUAACUCAACACAAAUGCCAUCGCAGCAGCUAGCAGAAUCGUCAGACAAGCAAGAUAUCAUCCAAGGGCUUAUUAAAAGAAAUCAAAGAAUUGAGGCGAUCAAGAACAUUUAUGAAUCAGAGAUGACCGAUAAGUUUUCUCCAGUAGAUCUUCUACGCGAUCACAUGACGUAUUUGAAAAGUGUUGAGAAAUCAUUUACCAAUCAAUAUACCUCCACCACAAAAUCACAGAUUCGAUUCGUUGGCAAAGAGAUAGAUAGACUGAGAGCAGUAAUCAACUGCAUUACAACUUACAAGCUCGAAUCUGAAUUCUCGUCGAAAGACCUCAAAGAACGUGUUUUAAAGUUGGAAAAGAAAAGGCGAGUGCUUACAUGUUCAAAAACCAAAAGAAAACCUGUUACAAGAUCAGAAACCGCAGAGUUUGAGGAGAAGAAGGAGAACUCAGGUUGCAGCUCCAUUGCAGCUCCAACAAUCGUCUCUCCGAUCUUGGGGACCGCCUCCAAUGCAGCUUCAGCCACCGAACAGCCUUCUCCAGCCACCAAACAGUUUUCUUCAGCCGCCAAUGCAGCUUCAACCACCGAACAGCCUUCUCUAGCCGCCAAACAGCCUUCUUCAGGCACCAAAAAGGCUUCUCCAGCCACCGAAAAGCCUUCUCCAGCCACCCAUCAGCCUUCUUCAGCCACCAAACAGCCUUCUGCAGCCACCAAAAAGCCUUCUCCGGCCACCAAAAAGCCUUCUCCGGCCACCAAACAGCCUUCUCCGGCCACUGAACAGCCUUCUUUAGCUACAAAAAAGCCUUCUCCGGCCACCAAACAGCUUUCUCCGGCCACCAAACAGCUUUCUCCGGCCACCAAACAGCCUUCUUCAGCUGCCAUUUCUAAGACUAAAGAAAAUAAGGUAAAUUGUGAAGAUCCAAAACCAGAGUCUAAAAACCAAAAGCAACGACGUAUCAAGUCACCACGGACGAUGGCAUCAUUAAGGAAGCCUCGAGAGUCUGCCAAUGCUGCUGAUUAUUAUCGUCAUCCUCAGUACGGAGGUCAAUAUGUGUAUGAUGGUGUACCGUACUUAAACUCAACGGCUGCAUAUCAUAAUUUGGGUGGCUAUCCUUCUGCAAACUCACAGCUCAACCCGCACUACAGUCUAAAUUAUUAUUACAAUUUGAAUGCGCAGAGACCUUCAAGUUCUAGUUAUCAUACCACAAUGCACCCCUGGGGGCCGUAAGAGAUGAACAACUAGUUAAAAGGUCGUCACUUUUUGCUGUUCGCACAUAGUUCAUAUUAGGUAGUUAGGCCUUUUGUUUUUCUAUGAGAUAGCAUGGUAGGCAAAUUUGCUGUCUUUACUUUAUUUAUUAUAUUCUCUCCAAAGUUUAAUCAAAGUAUAUGAUCAAACUAUGUAAAAUCUUGCAUGUUUCAGUAGCGAACAAUUAAUACAAUGGAAGAUGCAUUACGCC